AUGUCAAAUGGCGACAAGGAACGCGCUGCGGCUGCGCAACUAGUAAUCGACGAUGAACCAGAUGAGUGGGACAAGAGGAUCUUCAGUACAGGCUGUGCGGACGAGAACACGAAGUUGACAGACUGUUACUAUGAAAAGAAAGACUGGCGGGCGUGCAAGAUGGAGAUGGAGAUCUUUCGCCAAUGCUGGCAGAGACAUGGGAACGAUAAGCGCACCGGUACAAAAGAUGUUUGA